AUGGGGAUGUUCUCGCGCGAGCGGCUGGUGUAUCAGGAGGUGCUGAGCUGCGGCCGCGCCGCCGGCGUGGGCCCGCUGCUGCUCGGCACGGCAGGCGACACCUUGCUGCUGCAGGACCUGGCCGUCGGCGGCUUCCGCGCCGCCCCCGCCGGCCUGCUGGACGCGCAGCACGCGGCCGCCGCGCUGCGCGCACUCGCGCGCCUGCACGCCGCCUCGCUGGCCGUCGAGGCCGGCCUGCCCGGCUCCCUCGGCCGCUACUCCGAGGUCCUGUUCACCGAAGCCAGCCGCGAAUACGUGCAGCACUUCGUGCAGCCCAACUGGCGCGCAGUCGUCGACGUGGUGGCCACGUGGGACGGCUACCAGAAGUUCGCCGACAAGCUGCGCGCUAUGGAGCCCGCCGUCAUUGACAGAGCAAUUGAAAUCGUCAAGCCAAAAGAUGAUGAACUGAAUGUGUUAACACACGGGGACUUCUGGAAAAACAAUAUACUGUUCCGGUACGACCCCAGUUCCGGAGAUGUAAUCGACGCACGAGUGGUGGACUACCAGCUAAGUAGAUUCUCCUCGCCGUCUCUGGACCUGAAUUAUUUUUUCCACACCAGUGUAGAGAACACGGUGCGCCGCGGCCACAUGCCGGCCCUGGUUGCGGAAUACGUGGACACGCUGAACAAGCAGCUGGAGACGUACGAAGUGCAGCGGCGGGUGACGGUGGAAGAGGUAGAGCGGCAAAUGGGGGAUCGGCUGGAGUUUGCACUCCUGGCGGCCUGCACCGACCUGCGCGCCGCCAUGAGCGCGCCAGCUGACACAGUCGAGCUCUCGCAGCUUGCAUCCUCUGGCGACUCCCUCACCAGCCUCUACCACUCCGAGAGCUUCAAAGACGUCUUCUCUUUGAUGCUACUAGAAUUUGAACAGAAAGGCCUCUUACUCCAACACCGCCAGGCUACCAACCUUAUGCAUAUCACAGCUGUCAGUGCUGGAUAC